AUGCUGGGCCUUGACAAGACCUCGGCGAACAAGAGCGAUCAAAGGCGACUAAAUACCCGUACGUGCACACGGGGUCCGUCUCUUCCAUACUUGGACAUCUGGUGGGCAGCAUACGGCCUCAGGUUCUGGCCCGCAGGCUGUGUUGCAAGAGAGCCCCAAGUUUUGCGUUGCAUUCAACAUGGUCAGGUAUGA